AUGGAGUUCUCAUUCCUACGUGAGCUAUUCCUCGCCUCCUCCCUCCUCCUCCUGCUCAUUCCCUUGUACCGCCAGUUCAAGUCCAGGAGCUCCAAGACCAACCCGGCGCGCCCCACGGACUGGCCGGUGGUGGGCAUGCUCCCGUCCCUCAUUGCUAACAUCCACGACUUCCACGGCUACGCCACCGCGCUCUUCGCCGCCUCCGGGCCGGGGCACAGCUACGAGGUGCACGCCCCCGGCAUGCGGUUCUUCUGCACCUGCGACCCGGCCAACGUGCGCCACAUCUUCGUCUCUAACUUCCCCAACUACCCCAAGGGCGACGAGUUCGCCUCCUUCUUCGACACCAUGGGCGGCAGCUUCUUCAACGCCGACGGCGAGUCGUGGCGCCGCCAGCGCGCCAGGGUGCAGCACCUCAUGGCCAGCCCGCGGCUGCUGGCGUUCAUGGCAGGGUCCUGCCGCGACAAGGUGGAAAGGGGACUCAUGCCGGCGCUGGCGCGCGAGGCGACCGCCCGGGCGCCGUUCGACAUGCAGGAGCUGCUCACUAGGUUCGCCUUCGACAUGACGGCCAUGCCGAUCUUCGGGGUGGACCCCGGCCUUCUGUCGGUGCAUGUGCCUCCCAUGGACGUCCCGAACGCCAUGGACGCCGUCAUGGAGGUCGGCUUCUUCCGGCACACCGUGCCAAUUUCUUGCUGGAAGCUGAUGAGGCGUCUGAGGAUCGGUCCCGAGAGGAAGCUCGCCGUGGCACAGCCGGUGCUGCGCCUGUUCGUCGCGGAGAUGCUCCACAAAAGGGCACACGAGAACGACGGAGCGCACCAGCUGGACAUAGUUUCUUCCUACAUCGACGACCCGUUGUAUGUGGGGUUAGACGGGGAGCCCAGGGACUUCCUCUACGCGACGAUCAUCAACUACAUGUUCGCCGGGCGCGACACGGUCGGCACGACGCUGGCGUGGCUCUUGUACAACCUGACCAAGCACCCGCACGUCGUGUCCAGCAUCAGGAGAGAACUGGAACCCAUCGUCGCCUCCCGCAAAGCAGCGACGGGCGAAGAUGGCGGGAACGGCAUGGCGGUGUUCGAGCCGGACGAGACGAAACCCCUCGUUUACCUCUCGGCGGCGCUGUUCGAGUCGAUGAGGCUGCACCCUCCGGGCCCGAUCGAGCGCAAGGCGGUGCUGGCCGACGACGUGCUGCCGAGCGGGCACGAGGUGCGCGCGGGCGACACCGUGCUGAUCUCGGUCUACUCCAUGGGCAGGAUGGAGCGCGUGUGGGGCGAGGACUGCGCGAAGUACCGUCCAGAGAGGUGGGUUACGGCGGAAGACGGCGGCGGUGCGGCGCUGCGGCAUGUGCCGGCGCACAGGUUCAUGCCGUUCAACGCCGGGCCGAGAUCGUGCCUGGGGAAGGACGUGUCGGUGGCGCAGAUGAAGAGCGUUGUCGCCGCCGUGGUGUGGAACUUCGACCUGGAGGUGGUGCCAGGACACGUCGUGGAGCCGAAGCUGUCCGUCGUGUUGCAGAUGAAGAACGGGCUCGUGGUGACUGCGGCGAGGAGGGGGUCAGAUGCCGCCGACGAGACGACUGAGCUGUGCCGUGGCCAGCAGUAA